AUGGGACCAGCACAUACAAACAGCAUCGCAGGACACCGUCCUCCUCUAGCACCCUUGCCUAUUCGCCACGGGAUGAAGAGGACAGCAUGCCUCCUAUCAACACUCCGCGCCGCUCUGACUCAGCCAUCUCUGUCCGCUCUCUACACUCCGAGUCCAGCAUGUCCCUGCGCUCCACAUUUUCGCUGCCUGAGGAGGAGGAGGAGCCGGAACCGCUGGUAUUUGCUGAGCAGCCCUCGGUAAAACUGUGUUGCCAGCUCUGCUGCAAUGUGUUCAAGGACCCUGUGAUCACUACCUGCGGGCACACGUUCUGUAGACGAUGCGCCUUGAAGUCAGGUAGGUCUGUGCCUCCCAUUCAGACCUGGGAAGGGGAGUGGGUGGUGGGUGGUCCCUGUUCUGUUAUUUGCCCCGGCUGCCAGCAGAGGCCACUGGUUUCCCAUCUAGGCAUGUGUGGCCUGUCCCAGGGCUGGAAUAGUGAUGCUAGGGCUCCAGCCUGGCUGGCAAAGGACCUCAAUACAAAGCCUGAUUGCUGAUGUCCCCAGCCUCAGAGCUCUUGCUGUGGUGGACAUGGAAUGGGUUCCAGGGUGAGGGCUUGGGCUCCAACAGAUGCUGUUGUCCCUGGCAGCCUCUGCUUCUGUUUCACACCAUCUGUCCACUACCCCUUGACCCUGCCCAAAACUACUGGGCCAGCCAAGAGACCUCUGUCACUGCCUGCUCAUCUGGGAGGUCUACUGUGCAGCUUUUUCUGCACAGGCAGCUUGGGCACCCAGUGGGCUUCCGUUGCCUGUCUGCCACUGCACCUCCUUUCCCCAAGACUUGACCUCUUACUGGGCAGAGCUGCCAGGGGGAGAGGUGGCUGGGCAGGUGGUGGGCUCAGCACAUCAUCCUCCCCAGAGAAGUGUCCUGUGGACAAUGCCAAGCUGACCGUGGUGGUG